AUGAAACCUAUUGUGAGGGCCCAAAAAGGGUUGAGGAGUGAAUUGGAGCAAGAGAGCGAGGGAAGAAGAGGGAGAAUGACAGAAAUAGAGGUGGUCAUUCACUACACAUUAUCACAUUAAGAAUCAAUCCCUCUCUCACAGGAGAUAGCAGUGCUAGUCCAGCUGAAAUUGCAUUGGGUUCUUUGCAACACAUUACCAGAUGUAAACACAUACUAGCAGAAUCAGGAUGAUGUAGUGUUUCAGAACCAGAAUGUCUUUUUAGACCAAGUGGGAGAGUGGGUGGGGUUGGUCAGGCCACCAUGGUAACACCCCCCAAUCCCCUCUCACCCAUCGCCUCUUAUUCAUCCCCAUAGUAAUAGCCAAGCUCUGUUGCCCCGGAGACCACAGGGGAUGGCAGGGAAUGCAGUGUGCUAGUAUGCACAAUCGGGAAUAUGAAAAGGCAGUAGCAAGCUCCUGUCAGCUUGGUGAAACACAUUUUGUUGCUGUACAGGCCUCCUGUAGCUCAGUUGGUAGAGCAUGUCACUUGCAACACCAGGGUUGUGGGUUCGAUUCCCACGGGGGGCCAGUAUGAAAAAUGUAUGCACUAACUGUAAGUCGCUCUGGAUAAAAUGUAAAAUGUAAAUGGUGUGUAUUUUCCAUCUGAACUAACGUAUGAGGAGUGAAAUUGGGCUUGUACCCCAGGAGAAUAUAAUCGAGGUUAAUAACCUCUGAAGUUAUACCACAACUUAAUUGUGAGGCUACUUCAGCUGCUUUAACCCAGCUUCCAAUUAUGGAAAAUCCUUCCUUUAAUGUGUUUGUGUCUUGUGAGAGCAACCUAAAAUGGGCUGCAAAAUCAUCCUAAUUUAUCAGAUGAAAGCAAAACUGCCAACUCACUGAGGUCCUUCAUAUCCCAGACAGAGUGACUAGGCAAUGCAAGCAAAUUAAAAUUGAGUUUUGUUCCACAUUGUUGUUUUGAGUCCUAUUUAGAAAGCCCUAUAUAAAAGCUAUUUCCCUUUAAUAAUAAUAAUAAUAAUAUGCCAUUUAGCAGACGCUUUUAUCCAAAGCGACUUACAGUCAUGCGUGCAUACAUUUUUGUGUAUGGGUGGUCCCGGGGAUUGAACCCACUACCUUGGCGUUACAAGCGCCGUGCUCUACCAGCUGAGCUACAGAGGCUCUUGUUUUUUCCACGACCUUCCCUUCAGUCCUGUUGUGAUAGGACUAAUUACAUGGUAAUAGUGUAAAUGACAUGUUAAUAACACAUCAAUAAACUGUUUUCUAUCUCUCCUCUCAUUCGCCCACCACCUCUCUCUCUCCGCCCUCCCCUGCUUCUCUCUCCCUCUCCCCUCCGUCAGGUCUGCCCCCCCCCCCCCCCCCUCCUCCUCCGGCCUCCAAGAUAGAUUCCCUCAGGAGUAAGGUUGAGCUCCUCCGCCUGCCUCUGGCCCUCUCCUCCAAGUCCAUCAGCCACCGCAAGAGUCAGCUGGGCGGAGCCGGGGAGCGCGGCACGGGGGGAGGAGGGGCCCACAGGGGCAAACCCCGCCCACCGGCCUCUGACAUGGACAACGAGUCGCAGUAUUCGGGCUACUCGUACAAGUCCUCACACUCCCGCAGCUCUAGGAAGCACAGGUGGGUAACACGUGCACGACAUACAUACUUAUGCUUUACAUAUACUCACACACACUCACUCUCUUGUAACUACACUCUCACUUGCGUAAACAUACAUAUCCUACAUCAGGGAAGCUGUGUAUAACUUUGUUGAUCUGGUUUAGUUAACCUCCCCAAAAAAUCAAAUCCAUGACAAUUCCGGUUAACCCUUUGUUUCUGUCUCGGUGUGUGAUGUUCAGGGAUAGGCGGGACAGGCACCGCUCCAAGAGCAGAGACGGAAGUAGUCGUGGAGACAAGUCAGUCACCAUCCAUGCCCCUGGAGAGCCUCUACUGGACACCGAGUCCACCCGCGGAGACGACAGGGUCAGAGUUCACUCCUUUCCUACAGUACAUCUCCCCUCACUUCCACACCCGGAUCUUCGACUGUAUCUGUCUGUUUCCUGCUAUCCUCUACGUUGGGGGUCAAUACUUUACUUUAGUUUCUCUCUUUAUUUGUCUAAUCUGUCUCUUAUCACUCAUCCUCUUGUCCUCUCCCAUUUGUUCAGGUAUAUUUCCUCUUCCCUAUGACGCCUCCCAACAUAUGCUCAAAAAAAUCUCUCUCUCCCUCCCUCUCCAUACUCCAGGAUGAUAACUGGGGUGAGACCACCACCGUGCAGACUGGCACGUCCGAACACAGCGUCUCUAACGAGGACCUGACGCGGGUCUCCAAGGAGCUCGAGGAGUCCUCCCCGCUAGAAUGCCAGCGUUUCCUAGGCCCGGGAUUGGGUGCCGUCCUUGGCCUCUUCGCCCUGGUCACCCCCCUGGCCUUCCUGGCUCUGCCGCAGCUGCUGUGGCGUGAGGCCCUGGAGCCCUGCGGCACGCCUUGCGAGGGCCUCUACGUCUCACUGGCCUUUAAGCUCCUUGUCCUCCUCAUCUCCACCUGGGCGCUGUUCCUGCGCCCGCCGCGCGCCACCCUGCCUCGCUUCUAUGUCUUCCGCUGCCUUCUGCUGGCGCUCGUCUUCCUGUUCGUGGCAUCCUACUGGCUGUUCUAUGGCGUGCGCGUGCUGGAGCCCCGGGAGAGGGACUACAGGGGCAUCGUGGGGUAUGCGGCGUCGCUGGUGGACGCGCUGCUCUUCAUCCAGUACCUGGCCUUAGUGCUGCUGGAGGUCAGACAUCUGCAGCCUGCCUUCUGCCUCAAGGUGGUGCGCACCACCGACGGGGCAAGUCGCUUCUACAACGUGGGACACCUCAGGUGGGUCUUGGAGACGUGUGUGUUUGAGGAGGUGUUUACGGUUUUAGUUCACAUGCUGUUUUGCAUCGAGAAUGGAGUGUGUGUUAUAGUGUGUUAUGUUUAUUGUUAGUAUCGGCCAGGUUUUCCUGUUUCUGCAGUUGCCAUCUUACUGCGUGGGGUUCUGUGUUAAGGUUGUUUUGGUGUUUAGUUUUUGGUGUUUAGUCAUUUUUAGUACCCUGGUUUCGGAGACGGUUAUGAUAACAUUGUGGUUGGCCUGCGAAUCAGUCAGUCAGAGAUUAACCCGAAACCUGUGUUGCCUCGUCAGUCAGUUUGUUUAGGCUAUUUGCAUACAAGUAUCUUCAUUUGUUUAUUUGGAUCCCCAUGAGCUUUUGCAGAGGCAGCAGCUAUUCUUCCUGGGGUCCACAAAAAACAUAACAUGACAAGUAACAAAACUCUGGUACACUUAUAGACAAGAACACUCACACAAAUGUUAUAUACAAAGAUAAACAAACAACAAAACAUAUAAUAAUAAUACGAACAACACAACUAAAAAAAUAAUGUUGUAUUGUCACAUACAUCGAAUAGGUGUAGUCAAAUGUUUUGUUUUACAGGGUCAGCCAUAGUAGUACAUUGCCCUUGGAGCAAAUGAGGGUUAAGUGCCUUGCUCAAGGGCACAUCGCCAGAUUUAAGAAUUUGCCGAAGGGAUAACGAUGAUGCUGCUACUGAUGAUGAUUAGGACAUAUUCCAUAGUAAUGACAUAGAUUAUUAAAGGUUCGUCCCUCCCUUGUUGUUCUCCAGUAUUCAGAGGGCAGCAGUGUGGGUGUUGGACCAGUACUACAGUGAUUUCCCAGUCUACAACCCUGCUCUCCUCAACCUGCCCAAGUCCAUCCUCUCGAAGAAGAUUUCUGGCUUCAAAGUCUACACUCUGGGAGAAGGUAAGACUCGACUCGAUACUAUCCUUUCCCACUCCUCUUCUCCACCUCUCAUCCUCUUUUCCCUCAGUCACUUUUCUCACCUCCUCCACCUCUGUCUUCUAUGUAUUCUCUCAACCCACAGCGAUACAAUUUCUUUGCUUAAAAAAGUAACAUAAUAUUUUGAUGUUGAUAAUUUUUCUUUGUGAUUUUUCGUCCAGAGAACAACACCAAUAACUCUACGGGUCAGUCCAGAGCGAUGAUCGCUGCAGCCGCCCGCAGGAGAGACAACUCCCACAACGAGUAUUACUAUGAGGAGGCCGAGAUGGACCGCAGGGUCCGCAAACGCAAGGCCAGGUGAGGAGAGGAGAACCACUGGGCUGGGUAGAUCAUCAAAGACAGACCAUUUCAAUCUAUUUGGUGUAGAAAAAAUGCUUUUGUGAAAAGUGAAUUUUUUCAUUUGGUGAAUUAAACAGUUCAAAACUAAUCAAGGUACAUCACUGAUUUUUCAAACCCCAGGUAUAGGAAGGCUGCCAUUAAUAUUUUUGGGCAGAUGAGAUGUAGUCAUUGUUUGCAUGUGUCUGUAAGGUGGCGUUCGUAUGUAUACGUUUGCUUUUGUUUUUGGAAUGUAAAAAAAGAAAGCAAAGAAAAAAACAUUUUUAUAAUAAAAUAAAAUAUUUUCUAAUAAUUCUUUAUUUUUCCUUUUGUUUAUUUUUUUACAUUCCAAAAACAAACGUAUACAUACGAACGCCAACUUCCAGACAUAUGCAAACAAUGACUACAUGUCAUCUGUCCAGACCCACCUGCUCACACCCCCAUCCCUAGCGGCUGCAUUAUUGUUUGUCAGUUGGCCUUAAAUGGUAUUCGCCCAUGCUAUUUAAAUAUUUAAAUAAGGCUUCCAUUAUUCUAGCUCCUCUCAGUUUAGCGCUUGCAAUACAAAUGCUAGCCUGAAACAACACCUGCGUACUCAUAACGCGUGCCCUUUUCUCCUCCGAGGCUGGUGGUGGCGGUAGAGGAAGCCUUCACCCACAUCAAGCGUCUCCAGGAUGACGAGCCAGCCGCGUCGUCCCCCAAACACCCCCGCGAGGUGAUGGAUCCCCGGGAGGCGGCUCAGGCCAUCUUCGCCCCCAUGGCCCGGGCCAUGCAGAAGUACCUGAGGACCACACGUCAGCAGCCCUACCACAGUAUGGAGAGCAUUAUCAACCACCUGCAGUUCUGCAUCACACACAACAUGACACCUAAGGUGAGCCACCACACCCUUAACAUGAUCACUACGCCCUCACAACAUGAUCACUACACCCUUACAAUAUGACCCCUAAGGUCAGCCACCACACCCUUAACAUGAUCACUACACCCUCACAACAUGACCCCUAAGGUCAGCCACCACAUCCUUAACAUGAUCACUAUGCCCUCACAACAUGACCCCAAAGAUGCCCCUCAGACAGUAAGAUAUGAUUAAUACACUCUUGACAUGACCACUAGACCCUUAAAUAGGACCUGUAUACCCCAAAUAACAGCCCAUAUAAGAGCCUAUUCAUCACCGUAAAGGGAUUGAAAUAAGCAUGAUUCCCUUGAUGAAUAAUAUCUAGCCUACUUAACAUUCCCCUGAGAGAAAGUACUCACCACAAACACUAACCCAUAGCGGUUGCCCCACUAUCGAUAUGACAAGACGUCCAACCCUGGCUGACUGUCUAUCUGAUUCUCUUUGUGUUUCUCUCAGGCCUUUCUGGAGCGCUACCUCUCUCCAGGCCCCACGCUACAGUACCAGCGAGAGAAUGGUAGGGGUCGCCAGUGGACCCUGGUGAGCGAGGAGCCGGUGACGUCAGCCCUGAGUCAGGGUCUGGUCUUUUCCCUGCGACGUCUUGACUUCUCCCUGGUCGUCACGGUGACGCCCCUCCCCUUUCUCCACCUGGGGGAGGAGUUUAUCGACCCCAAGAGCCACAAGUUUGUCAUGAGGCUGCAGUCGGAGACCUCUGUGUAG